UUGCGUAACCCUUAUCAUAUAAAGAUGGCGUCGCGUCUGAUCCCUGGUGCCGGACAGUAUUUGCGUAUUGCGAGCCGCCUGCAGCAGCAUGUACGCACCAAGGCCACAGCCCCCAGCCCAGCGGCCACCACCGCUGAGGGGGCCCCUGGUGGGGGGCGGGGCUACUCGUUUGAGCUGACUGAUGAGCAGAGGGAGUACCAGGACCUGGCCCGCAAGUUUGCACGUGAAGAAAUCGUUCCAGUUGCGCCGCACUAUGACAAAACUGGAGAGUAUCCUGUCCCAGUGCUGAAGAAGGCAUGGGAGCUGGGUCUGAUGAACACACAUAUUCCUGCAGAAUGUGGUGGCAUGGAUCUGGGGAUCUUUGAUGCCUGCAUGAUUACAGAAGAACUGGCAUACGGCUGUACAGGCAUCCAAACUGCCAUCGAGGCCAACUCUCUUGGGCAAAUGCCAGUGAUAAUUGCAGGAAGUGAGGAACAGAAGAAGAAAUAUCUGGGAAGGAUGACUGAAGAGCCUCUUAUGUGUGCCUAUGGUGUGACGGAGCCUGGAGCUGGGUCUGAUGUUGCAGGGAUCAAGACUAAAGCAGUGAAGAAGGGAGACGAGUACAUCCUGAACGGACAGAAGAUGUGGAUCACCAACGGCGGACACGCCAACUGGUACUUCGUGCUGGCCAGGACCUCGGACGACCCCAAGAUGCCUGCUGGGAAGGCGUUUACUGGCUUUAUCGUGGAUAGAGAGUGGGAGGGCGUUACACCGGGCAGGAAGGAGUGGAACAUGGGACAGCGAGCGUCGGACACGCGCGGGAUCACGUUUGAGGAUGUGAGGGUCCCAGCUGAGAACGUGCUGGGAGCUGAGGGGAUGGGCUUCAAGAUCGCCAUGGGAGCCUUCGACAAGACAAGACCUCCGGUUGCAGCUGGAGCCACAGGUCUGGCCCAGAGAGCGCUGGAUGAAGCCACAAAGUACGCCCUGGAGAGGAAGACUAUGGGGAAAUACAUCGCUGAGCACCAAGCGAUAGGGUUCAUGUUAGCGGAGAUGGCCAUCAUGGUGGAGACCUCGCGACUCCUGACCCAGCGCUCGGCCUGGGAGAUCGACCAGGGGCGGCGCAACACGUACUACGCCUCCAUUGCCAAGGCCUACGCAGGGGACGCCGCCAACAAGUGUGCGACGGACGCGGUGCAGAUCCACGGAGGGAACGGGUUCAACUCGGACUAUCCCGUGGAGAAGCUGAUGAGAGAUGCCAAGAUUUACCAGAUCUAUGAGGGCACAGCUCAGAUCCAGCGUCUCAUCAUCUCCCGAGAGCUGCUGACGAAGGCCAAACAGACACAGUGGUGAAAACUGUCCUCUGACAAACUGCAAACAUCACAAUGCACAUCAGAUAGUUCAGGGUCAACUCAACAGUGAUAGAUCUAAAACUGUGAAAAUAACUGUGUUACUUAUACUGAUCAAAACUCACUCCCUACAUGUAUAAUGUGUCCAGCUUACCUCAAUUUUUCUCUGAUGCCGAUGGUAUCGGUAGCUUACCUACAUUACCUUAUUAUUAACUUAAGUACAUACAGUCAAACCUGCCCAAGCGACCACCUCUUCUUAGCGACCACCUGGCCAUUAUGACCGCUUUUUCUCAGUCCCAAAAAUUUUCCCCAUUGAUGUAAGCAUUAAGCGACCUCUUCACAACAACCACCUGGCCAACGCGACAAAAAUUGGACCAAAUCCCUGCCCAUAACGACCACUUCGUUUUCAAAUCUUGAGGUGUCAUCGAUUUUCAAUGAUAAGUAGAGCGAUUUUGAGCCGAAUUCGGCGGAUUUUGACCAUUACAAUGUUAUGUUCAAAAUAAAGAUGGCGGCGGAUGCACGUGCAUGUGCUUGCUAUUUGCCAUUCAACACAAUGGAAACCAUUUAAACUAUGCAUCAAGCAUGUUGUGAGUCGAUUCUCUUCUAACCGACCACCUGACCAAAUCGACUGCUUUUGCCUGGUCCCCCGGGUGGUCGUCUUGGGCAGGUUUGACUGUAUAAUAUGUUUUCGUACAUAUAUAUGCUUUGAACAUUGUGUAUAAAGGAUUCUAAAACUAGAAGGGUGCCUUCUGAAAUGUGUAUUGUUUCACUAAGUUUGUUUUCAGUGAAAAUGGUGUAUUUGGUUGAGGUUACUGUGAGAAGGUUGUACUUUAACUGACUAUAGCAGAAGUAGUUACCUGUGUACAGGCUGCUUGUAUCUUGAGUAUUAUCCCAUAUAUGUAUCUAUAUAAUCUGAAUACAACAGAGAUGGAAUAUCGGAA